AUGGCCAACACGCAGCAGUCUGAGCAUUCCCCUGCUGAAAAGAUCAUGACUCUGUUGCACGAUGCCGAGAAUGACUACAAACAAAGCAAUCCAAAUUCACAAAAAUGGCAUGAACGAGCUAUUAGAGUCUUACCGGGUGGCAACACUCGUUCGAUCCUUCAUACGGACCCAUUCCCCAUCUACAUGGACCGAGGCGAAGGUAAUCGAUUGAUAGACGUUGACGGUCACGAAUACCUUGACCUAGUUGGUGAGAUGACGGCUGGUGUAUGCGGUCACUCCAACCCCAUAAUUCGCGACGCUAUCAUCUCUACAGUCACCAAAACAGGUCUGAACCUUGGUGCUACCACCGCUGCCGAGCUUGGCUUCGCAGAGCAAGUCCGAAGCAGGUUUCCCUCGAUGGAGCAAAUAAGAUUCUGCAAUUCCGGUACAGAGGCGAAUAUCUACGCUCUCAGCAUCGCACGUCAGGCGACCGGUCUGAGUAAAGUCAUCGUCUUCAACGGCGCCUACCACGGCGGGGUCUUAACCUUUGUUCACGGCGCUUCCGUGAAUACUAUUGACAGGAACGACUGGGUUAUUGGAUCUUAUAAUGAUCACGAAGGAGUACAGCGACUCAUAUCCGAGAACAGGGGAAAAGCCGCUGCGGUGCUUGUUGAGGGGAUGCAAGGUGCGGGCGGAUGUAUACCGGGAUCGGCCAAGUUCAUGCACGCUAUUCAGAAAGCGACGAAGGAAAACGGUAUACUUUUCAUCCUGGAUGAAGUCAUUACCUCCCGACUAGCUCCAGGUGGCCUUCAAUCUACAAUCCUGGACCCCCACGAUGGUGCUCCUUUGAAACCAGACAUCACGACUUUAGGCAAAUGGAUUGCCGGAGGAAUGACAAUUGGCGCCUUUGGGGGCCGCCAGGAGUUGCUCUCGAUAUAUGACCCUCGCCCAGCCUCCGAGUCGGCAAUGCAGGGAAAGCCGGCACAAAUGAGCCAUUCGGGUACGUUCAACAACAACACCCUCGCCAUGCAUGUUGGCUUAGUUGUCCUUUCAUCCGUGUACACGCCUGCAGUCUGUACAGAACUCAAUGCUCUUGGGGACUGGUUUCGUCAAGAACUGCUUGAUAGGUGCCAAGGAACGAGAAUGACGGUGACUGGGGUUGGAGCGGUGUGCAACAUCCACUUUGGUGCCCACGAGGAUCAACGUGAAAUUCUCCGGAUCGAGCACUUGGAUGAGCGACACUCGAAGGCCGAUUCGAGCUUGAGAGACUUUUUUUGGUUUCAGGCUGUUCAAAAGGGGUUCUGGAUAGCUCGCCGUGGCAUGGUGACUUUGACCAUGGGAACUACUAGAUUGGAGCUUCGGGAGUUCAUUGAAUUUGUGGAGGACUUUGCUCGAUCGACUCGGUCUCUCCUGUGCUAA